GUAAACAGAAAUGGGAGACACAAGCCUGUGCUCCAUGUGAUGAUAAGUCUUUUGGUUUUGAAAACAACAGUACUAUGGAUAUUUCUGUUGAUUCUUCUUUACAAAGAUGAAAGUUUGGGCUGCAGUAUCCUCAAUAACACUGGUGACUCCAACUCAAGAGCUGUGAAAUGGAAACAUCUAAAGCUAAAUAGCAGAGUUUUUCAGUCUACAUGUUACUCAAAAACUGGAGAAAAGGGAGGUAGUCCUGUCACAGAUGAAGAAAAAUUUAUUGAGAUUGACAAAGACAUAUCUCCCUUUACAGAAUUUGCUGGGUGCACUGAACGUCCAUCACUUGCACCAAUGACUCCUCAUACCCAUCAUCAAGUGUCUAUGAUAAAGUUGAGCCUAAGAAAACAGUUGAACCAGUUGUAUGAAUCUUAGAUAGAUUAUGUAUGAAUGUAUAGAACAUGUAUAUGAUUUCUUUUCAUAGUCGGUACUGUGUAUUUGUAGCACGUGCUUUACAGAUUUUACCCAUAUUGCCACUAACUGCAUCUGCAAAAUUGGUCUGACCUGUAAGGUACAUAUAUGUUUAUUUCACAUGCAAAAUGUAUUACAUUUGAUGCAUAGUGUAUGGAUGAUUUAGAGUAGAAAAGGGCUAUAAGAAAUAUUACUUUUGUAUUUUUUAUGAUGAAAAUGAUUAGUAAUUAUUUCAAACUACAUCAAACUUUUAAAUUACAUACUCUACUAUGUUUUGUAUAUGGACACAUUUUGGUCUCCACUUUAAAAACUAAAUUAUUUUAUCUGUUAAAUAUCUUAUAAUAGUCUCAUAUUUUAAGAGAACUGCAAUUCAUGAAUGCAGUCUUAAAUAAAUUUAGGAUUU